UGUUUACCCAAUCAGCAUAUUUGAUGGAAAUCAUUCUGGAUACAGCGCCCUCACUCGAUUGCCUGUUUUCGGUACGAUUUUCGGACGUACGUUUCCUUGAUUAGAAAGAACCAUGCCGCGUGAAACAAGACAUUACAGGAAAAGAUCUCGAUCAUCAUCAAGAAGUUCGUCUGGAUCUCCCAGUCCGGGCAGAUCUAAGAAAAGACGUUCCAGAAGUCGAGACAGGGAAAAAAAGGACAGAUAUCGAUGCAGAUCUAGAUCUCGUGAAAGAUAUCGUAGAUCUAGAUCAAGAGACAGAUAUGAAAGGCGGAGACGAUCAAGAUCACGAGAAAGACGAGAAUUGGAAAGAGAAAGGGAACGGGAACGGGAAAGAAGAAAGUUCAGAAGGUCAAGGUCAAGAUCAAGAGAACGUAAGGAACGAGAACGGAGGCGAUCGAAAAGCAGGGAACGGGAUCACAGACGAUCAAAAAGCAGAGAACGAGAUCACAGGCGAUCGAAAAGCAAGGAACGAGAUCACAGGCGAUCGAAAAGCAAGGAACGAGAUCACAGGCGAUCGAAAAGCAAGGAACAUGUUCACAGACGCUCAAAAAGCAGAGAACGGGAUCACAAACGAUCCAGAAGCAGGGACCGUGAAAAUAAAAGAUCUGAAACUAGACCACAGGAACGGAGGAGAUCAAGAAGUAAAUCAAAAGAGCGUCGCAAAUCUAGAUCCAAAAGUCGUGAAAGAAGACAGGACAGGAAAAGUCCUUCAAGGAUAAAAGAAAGAGAGCAUCGAGCAAAAACACCUACGAAAAAUACAGAGACUAAAAUCAAAAAGGACAAAUCAGGAUCUCCAGCCUUGGAGUUAGAGCAGAAGAGACUAGAAGAAGAAAUGCAACGUCGACGGGAGCGCAUCGAAAAAUGGAGAUUAGAGAGAAAGAAAGCAAGCCAACCAACGCAGCCUGAACCGCAAAAAAAACAGUGGAGUCUGGAAGACGAGUCUGAUGAUGAUGAAGGAGAGCAGCAAGAAGAAGAAGGAAAGGCUGAUAAAACUGAGGAGAAUGGUAAAGACGAAGAUGAAAAAAUGGAAACCAAGAAAGAAGAAGAUGAUGAUGUUGAUCCGCUAGAUGCAUUCAUGCAGGGAGUAAAUGAUGAAGUCCGUCAGAUUAACAUGGAUGACCACAAAAAACGUAACAAAGGCAGUAUUGCUAUCCCUGCACAAGGUUCUGCUUGUGAUUGGAAAGUUACUGUGACCAAGGAUUUCCAAAUGAGUACACCAUCUGCUUGGGAUUUCUACGUUGAAGUGCCUGAAAUAGCGAAAAUGACAGAGGAAGAUGUAAUAUCGUAUCGAGCAGAGUUGGAAAAUGUCAAAGUACGCGGUAAAGGAUGCCCUAAACCAAUCAAAGCAUGGGUGCAAUGUGGGGUUUCAAAGAAAGUAUUGGAUGUACUCAAAAAACUCAAAUAUGAAAAACCUACUCCAAUUCAAGCCCAGGCAAUCCCAGCAAUAAUGUCUGGUAGGAACCUUAUUGGAAUUGCCAAAACUGGUAGUGGCAAGACAUUGGCAUUUCUACUACCGAUGUUCAGACAUAUUAUGGAUCAGGAUCCUUUAGAGGCAGAUGAUGGACCCCUCGCUGUCAUCAUGUCACCCACACGUGAGUUAGCUAUGCAGAUCUACAAAGAAUGCAAGAGGUUCUGUCGGGCACUUAAUGUUAGGGGUGUCUGUGUGUAUGGUGGAACAGGCAUUAGUGAACAGAUUGCUGAAUUAAAACGUGGUGCUGAGAUCAUCGUUUGCACCCCAGGAAGAAUGAUUGACAUGUUGACAGCAAACAGCGGUCGUGUUACUAAUCUGCGCCGCUGUACGUACGUAGUUUUGGACGAAGCGGACCGAAUGUUUGAUAUGGGAUUUGAACCACAGGUGAUGAGAAUUGUGGAUAAUAUUCGGCCGGAUCGUCAGACUGUUAUGUUUUCGGCAACGUUUCCUCGUCAGAUGGAGGCAUUAGCAAGACGUAUUCUGAACAAGCCCCUUGAAGUACAAGUCGGUGGUCGAAGUGUUGUUUGUUCAGAUGUGGAACAGAAAGUUGCUAUUGUUGAUGAUGAUCAGAAGUUUCUUACUUUACUAGAACUUCUAGGGGUUUACCAGGAACAAGGAAGUGUUUUAGUUUUUGUAGAGAAGCAAGAAGGAGCUGAUCAGCUGUUGAAAGAUCUGAUGAAAGCAUCUUACUCGUGUCUUUCACUUCAUGGUGGUAUUGAUCAAUAUGACAGGGACUCAGCCAUUCAAGAUUUCAAAGCUGGCAAUAUUAAAUUGCUUAUAGCUACGUCUGUUGCUGCCAGAGGGUUGGAUGUGAAACAUUUGGUAUUGGUUGUUAAUUAUGAUUGUCCAAAUCACUAUGAAGAUUAUGUACAUAGAGUAGGACGUACAGGAAGGGCUGGGAAUAAAGGCAAUGCCUUUACGUUUAUUACACCAGAACAAGGCAGAUAUGCUGGUGAUAUUAUAAAAGCAUUUGAGAUGGCUGAUAAGAAGGCACCACCGGAAUUGCUUCAACUUUGGAGUGAAUUUACUGAGAAACAGAAAGCUGAAGGAAAGUCUAUUAUGAAGAGCAGUGGUUUCAGUGGGAAAGGAUUCAAGUUUGAUGAAACUGAAAAAGAAUUGGCGAAUGAGAAAAAGAAACUCCAGAAAGCUGCUUUGGGAUUACAAGACUCGGAUGAAGAAGAUGCUGGUGUAGAUAUUGAUCAACAAAUAGAAAACAUGUUUGCAUCAAAGAAGAGUGUUAAAGACGUAACCGUUCCUGUUGGUGGUAAUCCAGCUCUUGUUCCUGGCGCACCUAUCGCUGGAGUUGCUCCUACUGUAGGUGUGAACACAGAGAAACUGGAAUUAGCUAAGAUGAUGGCAGAGCGAAUCAAUCGAAACCUUGAAGGUUCUAAAGACAUCAUGCAACAAGCAGCACAGACUGUUAUGAAAGGUGGAAUGCUUGCAGCUCCUGCUGUGUCUGCUAAAACAAUAGCCGAUCAGAUGGCUGAGAAGAUCAACGCUAAAUUAAAUUACCGACCAUCACCAGAAAAUGAAGACAGUAAUUCAAAUGAACCACCGACUGAAACAUUCCGUAGAUACGAAGAGGAGUUGGAAAUCAAUGAUUUUCCACAGACAGCACGAUGGAAAGUCACAUCAAAGGAAAAUCUUGCACAGAUCCAAGAGUACAGUGAAGCUGGCAUCACAAUCCGAGGUACCUACUUCCCUCCCGGUAAAGAACCUAAAGAAGGUGAUAGAAAAUUGUACCUGGCAAUUGAAAGUACAUCUGAAAUGGCAGUACAAAAAUCAAAAAAGGAAAUUACAAGGUUAAUCAAAGAAGAAUUAAUAAGAUUGCAACAUUCAUAUCAACCAACCAACAAAGGAAGAUACAAAGUUCUCUGAGCACUGCCGUGAUGUUUUUACAGGAUAUUUGAUUUUAACCUGGAUAUGUACAUGAAAUUUGAUGGCAUGGAAGCGUACUAUACAACUGAUUUUUCAUGUUUUUAAGUUUUCUUUAUUUCUGCAUUGUACCCACUAAUAUUUUUACUCAAGAAAUGCAUUUAUACUACUCCUGGUUAUGUGGUCCACUAUUCACUUCCAUCAUUCAUUGCUGUCAAUUCCCAGUUUUUAUCGUGGUGGGUUUAUUGUGAAAUUAGUUUAGAUUGCCACAGUUGUAUACCUUGUGCAGAUUAUAAACUGUUAUAGUUGCAUUCAUAUGGAAGUUAGUGAACCACCACGAUUGUAAACCAUCAUGGUUUCAUGUAGAUUGUUUAUACAAAAUUAUCUUGUAAAACUACAUUGUUUUAAAUAUAGUUUGUUUGUCACAUGGCCAUGGUGCAACAUCUGGAAAGGAUUGACAGUUCUUCCUCAACUGACAAAGAUGGACUUCUAAUUUCUUCUUGAAACAUUGCAGGUGCAGCCUCUGUUAUGACUGUGUAUAUGUUGCAUUCUCUCAUGCUUUUUUGUCUCGAACACCUUGAAAAGUAUUUGCAAUUAAGUAUUGUACCAGAAUCACUUGUUUUGUUUUUUCAGAUCCGAGAAAGUAAACUUUUCAAACUUUGAAUACAAUGAAAGAAAUUUCAUACCUAUUCCUUUUUAUGAUUAUAUUUGCUCAUUUUCCGAAUUCAUUGUUUAAUUUACAAAAUAGAAAUGUAAGUGCUUAUGAUGUGCAUGGUUAAAUCAUUCUUGCCCUUGCCCCCGAAGUUAAAUUGAGUGCAAAAUAUUCUUAAUUUUGAAUAAAAAAAAUAAUUAACCAGUUACUUGUGGGUGAGUUGGUUGGUCACAUACUUAGUUCACUGUUUUCAAACCAUUUGUACUGUGGAUCAAUAAAGUGGAGAUUUUUAAAA